AUCAUCUGCAGGUGACCGGAGUGUAUAUAAUUCAAAAAGAGAAAAUCUUUUAUUUUAUUAAUGUGAAUUGAACGAAGCAAAGUCAUAAUAAUCAGAUAGAAACUGUAACGAUAUAGUUACGUAAGCGUUUGAAAAUGAUGAACGCCCGGGUAGUUAAGAAAGAGGACGCUGUGCCGCGACAGCAGCUGUUUAACUGCGGUUACAUUGAUUGCGGCGCUACAUUCACUCGUCAGUGGCGUCUGCUGGAGCACGAGACCGUGCAUACCGGUGCACGGCCUCACAAGUGUGUUGUAGGAGGAUGUGGACGCAGUUUCACCCGUAAAUCGCACCUGAGCCGACAUGUUUUGAUACACAGCGGAGUGAAAAACUUUAAGUGCAGUGCCGCUGCUUGUGGCAAAAGCUUCUUCACCGCUGAUAAACUUAAAAGGCACAUGCGCUACGCUCACAGCGAAAAACGCGAACAUUUCAAGUGUAAAGAUCCACAGUGCGCAAAGACGUUUAGGAAACGUCGAGCGUUAAAACUGCAUCUGGCGACUCACGGUACACCCAGUUUCAGAUGCUUGAAAGGCGGAUGUGGAAUGAGGUUUAAAUCUCACAUUGCGCGAAAAGCGCAUGAUCGGAGACAUUCAGGUUACCGCUGUCUUCAUGCUGAAUGCCCUGUCAGUGCGCUCACCUGGAGGAAUUUGCAAAGACACAUGGCAAGUCACCCAGUAUCAUUUACCUGUGUGGUAUGUAAAAAAGCCUUCAGGAAGCGUGAUGCUUUAAGGAGACACAAGCGAACGCAUGCAUUACAGAAGCCGGUUUUGCUCUGUCCUAGUCAGGGCUGCCAGGCUUACUUCUCCACCACCUUCAACCUGCAGCAUCAUAUUCGAAAGAUCCAUCUACAGCUGCUUUCACACCGCUGUUCCUUUCCUGGCUGCUGCAAGAGUUUUGCUAUGCGUGAAAGCCUCAUCCGCCACAUGUUACGCCAUGAACCUGAUGUUGCCAAACUCAAGCGCCCACAUAAGCGGAGCAGCAAGAGUUGGCAGAAACGCUUGGAAGGGCAAAACCGCCAUCCUCUGGUUGAAGACCUUCGCUCUCUAUUUUCAUUACGCAUGAAGAUCUCUCCAAGGGCCAAACUAGAAGCUGAUCUGACAGGCCUCUUUAAUGAGCGUAAAAUUCCACACCAUGUUGAUCCUGAAGUAAACCUCCGAGACCUGUUCAGUAUCCGUCCAGCUAAGGUGGCUGUUAAGUAGUGUGGGUUUUUUUUUUUCUUUUUCCUUUUUGCAUAUACAUGAGUGUCAUGCUGACAUGCAUUUAGUUUGAAAGAUUUCAAGUGUUUGUACUUGAGGUACAGAAGUUUGUAUUGCUAUUUUGUUUUGAGAAACAACUGAGAUUUAAGUUGUGUAUAUUUGAAAAAAUAAAGUAUUUAGUUUUGUCAGUCG